CUCUUUCCAGAUGAAGACACCAUGACCCUGGCCCAGCAGGAAGUCCACCAUGAGUCUGAUAUGGACAGUGCCAUUGAAAGUAACCACAGUUCAGAAGCAUCAGUUGUGUGCAAGGUUGAGAAGGAUAGUGUGUUGAAUGGCCUCUUCCUGCCUGGAGAUAAAUCAAAUUUGCUGAAUCCUGCAUCUUCUGAUCUUUCCACCUAUUCCACUGCCUCUCUGAUCAGUAACGAAGAACAGUUUGAAGACUAUGGAGAAGGAGUUGAUGUAGACUUUACCCCCAGCAGUCCUUGUCUUGAUGAUGAAAGCAGGACACAUGCAUAUUCUGACCUUGGCUCAUCUGUUUCUUCCAGUGCUGGUCAAACCCCACGGAAAAUGAGGCAUAUCUAUAACAGUGAGCUCUUAGAUGUCUACUGCACCCAGUGCUGCAAGAAAAUCAACCUCCUUAAUGAUUUGGAAGCCAGGCUGAAAAACCUAAAAGCCAACAGGUGAGUAAGCC